AUGUCUCCUCCCAUUGCCUCAGGACAAUCCGAAUCAGGUACAGCUCGUUUUUUGGGCAGUGCUAGUUCUGGUAUUUUAGAACUUGUCAUUUUCCAUCCUGUGGAUACUGUCGCCAAGCGUUUAAUGAGUAACCAAAAUAAGUUAUGGGAAUCUAGCCGUUCCUUUGCUGAAAACUGUGCUAGUGUAAACAAAGUCAUUUUCAAGGAAGCAGCAGAAACAGGAUUUUUCAAGAAAUACAGAUCAUUAUUCCCUGGUCUAGGUUUUGCAGCAGGUUAUAAGGUUGCUCAGAGAGUGUACAAAUUCGGAGGACAGCCGUUUGUGAAAGACUAUUUGAACAAGCAUCACCGUGACUUGUUCACCAAUACAUUUGGAGAAAAGACGGGCAAGACAAUAAUGCAUGCUACGGCGGGUAGUCUGGUCGGCAUUGGUGAGAUCGUCCUUUUGCCAUUAGAUGUUCUCAAGAUUAAGAGACAAACCAACCCGGAAGCAUUCCGUGGACGUGGAUUUUUAACGAUUGUCAAAGACGAAGGCAUGGGACUUUAUCGUGGUGCGGGCUGGACAGCAGCCCGUAAUGCACCUGGCUCUUUCGCUCUCUUUGGUGGCUCUGCUUUUGUAAAGGAAUAUGUCUUUGGCUUGAAAGACUAUAAUCAAGCUACAUUUUUCCAAAACUUUUGCUCUUCUAUCGGUGGUGCCGUGGCUUCCAUUACUGUUGCUGCUCCUUUGGACGUUGUAAAGACCCGUAUUCAAAACCGCAACUUUGAAAAUCCCGAAUCCGGGUUGAAGAUCAUCAAAGACCUCGUGAAAAAUGAGGGUGUUACUGCUUUCUUCAAGGGUCUGACACCAAAGAUCUUAGUGGUUGGUCCCAAGCUUAUUUUCAGUUUCACUGUGGCUCAACAGUUGAUCCCUGUAUUCCAUAAAAUGCUUAAUGACUCAAAAUAA